UCACUUCCGUUGUCAGGUGGCGGCGCCGCAGCCAUGGAGGGAGGCGGCGGCGGCGGCUCUGGAAGCUGCGCUGGGAGGCGGCGGUGAGCGGCUCCCACGCCCCCGGCCCGGCCCCGGCCACCGGGACGGAGCACCGAGCAGCCCCGGCUCCGGGCUGCGGACUAUGGGCGAGUAGCGCUGAUCACCCGGGAAAGAACUGAGAAUGAAGCGGAGAGCAUCAGACAGAGGGGCUGGGGAAACGUCAGCCAGAGCCAAGGCUCUAGGGACUGGCAUUGCUGGAAAUAAUGCCAAGAGAGCAGGGCCGUUCAUCCUGGGUCCCCGCCUGGGCAACUCACCGGUACCGAGCAUUGUGCAGUGUUUGGCAAGGAAAGAUGGCACAGAUGACUUCUAUCAAUUGAAGAUUCUCACCCUUGAGGAGCGGGGCGAGCAAGGACUAGAGAGCCAAGAGGAGAGGCAGGGCAAGAUGCUGCUGCACACAGAGUACUCCCUGCUCUCCCUGCUGCACACACAGGACGGCGUGGUCCACCACCACGGGCUCUUCCAGGACCGAACUUGUGAAGCAGUUGAGGACACAGAGUCUGGUCGGAUGGUGAAGAAGAUGAAGAAACGCAUCUGCCUCGUCCUUGACUGCCUCUGUGCACACGACUUCAGUGACAAGACUGCCGACCUCAUCAACCUGCAGCACUACGUCAUCAAGGAGAAGAGGCUCAGUGAGCGGGAGACCGUGGUCAUUUUCUACGACGUGGUCCGAGUGGUGGAAGCCCUGCACCAGAAAAACAUCGUGCACAGAGACCUGAAGCUUGGGAACAUGGUGCUCAAUAAAAGGACCCAUCGGAUAACUAUCACCAACUUCUGCCUUGGGAAGCACCUCGUGAGCGAGGGGGACCUGCUGAAGGACCAGAGGGGGAGCCCUGCCUACAUCAGUCCUGAUGUGCUCAGUGGCCGGCCAUACCGGGGCAAGCCCAGCGACAUGUGGGCCUUGGGUGUAGUGCUCUUCACCAUGCUCUAUGGCCAGUUCCCCUUCUACGACAGCAUCCCACAGGAGCUCUUUCGCAAGAUCAAGGCUGCCGAGUACACUAUCCCCGAGGAUGGUAGGGUCUCUGAGAACACAGUGUGUCUUAUCCGGAAACUACUAGUCCUUGACCCCCAGCAACGCCUGGCUGCUGCUGAUGUCCUAGAGGCCCUCAGUGCCAUCAUUGCGUCUUGGCAGUCCUUGUCCUCUCUGAGUGGGCCUUUGCAAGUGGUUCCUGACAUCGAUGACCAAAUGAGCAACUCUGACAGCUCCCAGGAGGCAAAGGUAACAGAGGAAUGCUCCCAGUACGAGUUUGAGAACUACAUGCGACAGCAACUGCUGCUUGCUGAGGAGAAGAGCUCCAUCCACGAGGCCCGGACCUGGGUGCCCAAGCGGCAGUUCGGCAGUAUGCCACCAGUGCGACGGCUUGGCCACGACGCACAGCCCAUGACCUCCUUGGACACAGCCAUUCUGGCACAGCGUUACCUGCGGAAAUAGUGCCCUCAGCUAGGGCACUGGCCCCAGCACACCUCUCCUCAGCCCACCUGAGGCCCAGCCAUUGGCCCUGGGCUGGGGCCCAGCAGUGCUGAACUGACUCUCCUACGCUGCAAUAGGACAGGGCAGGGAUAGGGACAGCCCAGGUCACAGCCAGGGUCAACAGAGGUACCACAAAGCUACCUUUUGGGAUGAUUGCUUGAUUGUUUUUUUCAUUUGUUUUUUUUUUUUUUUUUAAUCUGAAAAUUCUAGAUACCUAAUCUGCUUUUAAUCAUGACAUUUUAAUCUACCUCUGUCUCUUUAACUCUGUCUCUGGACUGAGUGCCGGGAGGAAAGAGGGGAGCCUACACUUGCCACCCAGGCCCUAGAACAGCUGCCGCUUGGAGAGGCCAGUGCUCCCCACAGUCCAUAUAAGCUGACCAGCUCACUGCUGGCCCCCAGGAAGUGACCCUUCCCACUGUCCUCUUCCCUACCCUGCCCCCUUCCCCCGGGGCUUGCCCUCAGUCUAAGCUUUGGAACACUUUCACCUCAUUUUCCACCCAAUUCAAAUAUAUUUAUUUUUUUACUGAACCCAACUUCUCUCUCAUCUCUAGGUUCAGCCCGUGGCCACUCUCUGCCCCCAGCCUGGCUGAACACCAGGGCUCACAUCUGUGUGUAGGUUCCCUUCUUGCCCCAGGCACCUAGGAACUCUCUUGCCAGUUCUCUGCUCUCAACCUGCCAGGCCCUCUCUCUCUAGACUUGGCUCUUUGUCUGUCUCAGUAGCUUCUCUGAGGUGCUGCACAUUCGCAUUAGCCCUGCCUCUUCCAUCCUUCAUGUGGUACCCAGGUAGCAUGGACAUAGAGUGAAGGGACCUGUGGCCAGCUUUGGAGAAUGCUCUGGGCCCGCUGAGGACAGGCCAGAUGUGCUUAGAGAGCCUCCCACCCUGCCUCAGACAUGGUAUCUCUCCCAGUAGACCCUGGGCAGAUGUCUGCUUGGGGGUGGAAGGCGUGGAGGGAAAUCUGUAGGGACGGGGGACCUGCCUGCCUGGCUUGAGAACAGCCCUGCUACCCUUUUUGAGCCGAAAAUUUUGAAGUGGAUGCCCGUCUUGCCAGAAAUGCUGUUCUCUCCAGAAUUCCCCUCCCUGCACUGGACUUGGCGCACCCAGUACCAAGCAAAGACCCAACUCCAGAGGCCUAUACCCUGUGUACUGUCAGAGAGGGCCACGUCCUCUGGCAGCCCCAGACCCUUCCUGCCUCUUGCUCUCCAAUGGGGAGACCAUGUUCCCUAGAGUGUGAGCUGCCCCUCCCCCCCUAAAAAGCUGACUCACUGUGAGUGACCUUGGGCAAGUUCCCAAACCUCCUUGUGCCUCAGUUUCCCCAUCUGGAAAAAAUGGGGCCACCUCUUGCCAGCAGUAGCAGGGCCGCCCAUGUCCCUCCCUCUCCAUGCCCCCUAUCUAGCCCUGGGCGCCUGUGCCUCUGUUUUGAUGGGUCUGUGGGAGCCCACCUGAGCCCAGCAGUUACUCCCCUAGUGCCCAGCUCUGCCUCUAGUUCAGCCAUCUGGCCACUGAGAGUCAGGGCAUGGUGCUGGGAGGGAGGGCUCUUUUCUAUAUUUAUUUGAUAAUGAAAAGUCUCCCAAGGGAGCAGAAAUGCAGUCAGCUUGGGCUCCUGGCCCAUGACUGCCCUCCAGUGAGGCUCUGAGGCCUGGCUAGGGCCCUCCUGGGCAGAGCCCCUGCCUAGCCCCUCAGGCCUGCUUCCGCGUGCCCUCCUUUUAAAAGCAAUACCUUCAGGUCUGCAGAGCCCAUCAGACAGCCUGGUUCCUUCCGAGGUCAACCCUGGGUCUGGCAAUGCAGAUGAGAGGAGGUUGGGCCUGCCCUCACUGGUGUCACACACUGAGAAGUCCUAUUGUAAAGAAAAAAACAAAAACAAAACAAAAAAAAAAAAAAAAAAAGGAAAAAGUCACAAAAAAGUUUGUAUAAAGACGUAUUUUUGUACUACAUGGGGACUCUUCCUGCAUGUCAGCAAUAAAACUUCCUGAUCUGGAGCCACCA